AUGCCGGCUUACCAUUCUACUAUUCCACAUACUAAAACUGUGGGUAACAUGGCUUUGUUACCCCUUAAAACACAGUACAAGGGGCCAGCUCCUAAAGAGAGUGACAAACCAGAUAUAAUAGAUGAAGCUAUUUAUUAUUUCCGAGCAAAUAUUUUCUUCAGAAACUAUGAAAUUAAGAGUGAAAGUGAUCGUACCUUGAUUUAUAUUACACUUUACAUCACAGAAUGCCUCAAAAAACUUCAAAGGUGCACUUCUAAAAAUGCUUCCCAAAAGGAAAUGUAUACUUUGGCUUUGAAAAACUAUCCAAUCCCUGGUGAUCCAGCAUUUCCAUUGAAUGCCCUAUAUGCAAAGCCACAGAAAGGAACGGAAGAAGAAACCAUGCGUCAAUAUUUACAACAACUUCGUCAAGAGACUGGAUUACGCAUGUGUGACAAAGUUUUUGACCCACAGACAGACAAAUCAAACAAGUGGUGGCUGUGUUUUGCCAAACGAAAGUUUAUGGAUAAGAGUCUUGCUGCUCCAGGACAUUGA